AUGAAGCUUUGUCAGUCCAUCAUGGACAUGGAUAUGCCAGAUUAUGUCGACUCCUUGGACUCCUCUUAUACCAUGCUGGAAUUCGACAACCUCCGCGUGCUACCCCAUAACACAGAGGAGUUUAAUUGUCCCUGUUCUCCGCCCGCAGAGGCCAUCGCGGCCGAGUCGGCAAACACCAACCUGCUCCCCAACGGAGUCAACUCCCUGUGCUCCAUCUGUGGGGACAGAGCCACUGGCAAGCACUACGGGGCCUCCAGCUGUGAUGGCUGCAAAGGUUUCUUCAGGAGGAGCGUCCGCAAGAACCACGUCUACUCCUGCAGGUUCAACCGACAGUGUGUGAUAGACAAAGACAAGAGGAAUCAGUGCAGGUACUGCAGGCUGAAGAAGUGCUUCAGAGCUGGCAUGAAGAAGGAAGCUGUGCAGAACGAGCGUGACAGGAUCAGCAUCCGCAGAAGCAGCUAUGAGGACAAUGGCUCUCUCUCCAUCAACAUCCUCACACAGGCUGAGGCCAUGGCACAGCAGUAUUUAUCCCUGAGCCCCGUGCACAGCACAGACAUUUCCAUGAAGAAGAUUGCCACCAUCAAUGAUGUGUGUGAAUCCAUGAAACAGCAGCUCCUGGUGCUGGUGGAAUGGGCAAAAUACAUCCCAGCCUUUUGUGAGCUCCCCCUCGACGACCAGGUUGCUUUGCUCAGAGCCCACGCAGGGGAACAUCUGCUCCUCGGGGUAGCCAAGAGGUCCAUACCAUACACUGAUUUCCUGCUACUAGGGAAUGAUUUCAUCAUCCCAAUGCACUGCCCAGAACUGGAAAUCGCUCGUGUGGCCACCAGGAUUUUGGACGAGUUGGUGAAGCCCUUGCGGGACAUCCAGAUCGACGACAAUGAGUACGCCUGCCUGAAAGCCAUCAUCUUCUUUGACCCAGACUGCAAAGGCCUGAGUGAGCCCGGCAAGGUGAAGAACAUGCGCUUCCAGGUGCAGGUGAACCUGGAGGAUUACAUCAAUGACCGCCAGUACGACUCGCGGGGCCGCUUCAGCGACAUCCUGCUGCUGCUGCCACCCCUGCAGAGCAUCACCUGGCAGAUGAUCGAGCAGGUGCAGUUUAUGAAGCUCUUUGGCGUGGCCAGGAUCGACAGCCUGCUGCAGGAGAUGCUGCUAGGAGGAGCCACUGCUGAUCUCCAGUACCAGUCAGCACCUCCCAACCUCAGCCUGGAUCCACUGCCAGGACACGUCCUGCAAAACAACAUGACCUCUGUGAUCCACACUGCUCCAGACCCAUCUCCUGAGACAUCCCUUCCAUCUCCUUCUGCCAGCACAGGCAGUGAAGACUAUAAACUAGGCUCUAGAGCAGGGCCCAGCACUGUAGUGCAGCUCCUGCCUCAGACAGUGAUGCCCAAGCAGGAGAUUUUAUAG